GACCCGCUAUGGACGUCCUCCAGUGGCUCCCAGACAGGAGUAUGGAGCACCUCUUCCUGCUCAACACAUGUUUCCAGUAAGCUACGGUCCUCCACCAGCGGUUCCGCCUUCAACUAGUCGAAACUCGCUUCCAGUAAGCUAUGGACCUCCAGGUCCUUACAAGUCAAUCACCGUGAAGCAACACCUGCUGAAUGCGCUCCACCACAUCGUCGACGCGAUCAACGUAGCGCCCGAAGAUCUCCUACGGCAGAUCACUUCGUGGCGCCCGGAGAUCGCCAGCAAGAUCGAAAAAAUUGAAGCUCUCCUCCGGAGUCUUCCCGCGGGUCGCCUGAAGCUGCUUCGCGACAAUGCGGACGUUGCGGCGAUCAUGCAACAGCUGGGAGUUCGGUUUCCUGAGCAAAGCGAAUCCGACGUGGAGAUCACGAUCCCGGACAAACCUGAUCGUGUCGAUGAGGGUCCCAAGCAAGAUCUGGAAGUGAUCAUCAAGCCGGACGGGGUGGAGAUCGUGAAGCCGGAUGAGCAAAACCCGUCUGAACUUGAAGUAACUGUUAAACCCAAUGGCGUUGAGAUCGUCAUCCCUGAAAAGCCGGAUCAUGUUGACGAAGGAAAGAAAGUGGAGAGUUCCGAACACCAUAGUGUAGAGAUUGUGGUUACUGAUAAACCGGAGGGAGGGUCUCAAGAGCUUCAAGAGGCUGAAAUAGUAGUGACUCCCCAUAGUGUAGUGAUCGAGAUUCCCAACAAGCCUGAUCAUGUGGACGAAGGUCCGGUCAAGAAUGAAGUAUCUGCAGAGAAACUUAAAGCUGAAUCGCCAGCUGCUUCAGCAGCUUAUGAGUAUGACAUUCCUAAGGGUAUCGAGCAGCUUCCGCUUGCGGCUGUUCCAGAUAAUCAGUACGAGGUUCCGGAAGUUCCAGCACCGAUCAACUCUAAAGAACCUGCAGUGCUUGAGGCUACCACCGAACUGUCCGAAACUUUAGAUUUUGAAGUUACACCCAGCAACCUCCCUACCGCCCAAGACGUUCCAGUUCUUCCAGCUGACGCAAGACCCUUUCUCAGUAAUUCAUUCCGUAAAAAACUUCUCCAGGCCGUAACGAAAGCGUUACGAUCGUACCAGCAGAAGCUCGGCCUAACCACGAGGGUACCCGCCACGCAACCUCCUCCUAAAGGCAAAGACGAGAAGCUGCAGGAGUUGGUACAGGAUACCCGCUCCAAGAUCGCCAGCAUGUUGAAGAUCAUCGACAAGGCCGCCGAGGACGGUAAAAUCCCGGAAAACCUCGCGGACGAGAUCGACCUGAACACGCCCGGCAUCCUGGUACAGCUCAGCGAGCUGGAGCAGCUGCUCGGGAAGGAUCCGAACGAGCCGCAAAAGGCGCUCCCGACAAAGCCGGACGGAACGACCGACUGGGGAAAGAUCCUGCACGGGCGGGAUCCGCCGACGGGAACGAGGGCGCCCAAGAAGGGCAAGCCGGAAGUGGUGAAGGCGUCCGAUGAUGCUGAUGAAUAGUAGUGUAGAGUGCAAUAAAAUGAU